GUUGGGUGGGAUCUCGAUGGAAACCUGUACACAAGUGUGAAACUAGUCAUAAACUAAUUUAUUCUAACCGCGGAGCUGUCGACAGUAAUGCGGGAGGAUGACUCUGUCGGAGCUUUACACAGAGUUCAACAGGGUUUGGAUUCCAGACCACGAUCAUGUGUGGAAGUCGGCGGAGAUUACGAGGGAUUUCCAUGUUGGUGACGAGAUUCUAGAGUUGCUUCUUGAGGAUGGAUCCGAACAUUAUUACAAUGUUGACCCAUCACAUCCACAACUCCCUCCUUUACGCAACCCGGACAUCCUCGUGGGGGAGAAUGACCUGACCGCUCUCAGCUACCUCCACGAGCCUGCAGUUCUGCACAAUCUCAGAGUGCGAUUUGUUGAAUCCAGAAUCAUCUAUACCUAUUGUGGAAUUAUACUGGUGGCUGUAAAUCCCUACAAGCAGCUUCCUAUCUAUGGAGAUGCGGUCAUUCAAGCGUAUUCAGGUCGAAAUAUGGGGGACAUGGACCCACACAUAUUUGCCGUGGCAGAGGAAGCCUACAAACAAAUGGCUCGGAAUCACAAGAACCAGUCAAUCAUCGUCAGCGGUGAGUCUGGAGCUGGGAAAACAGUGUCUGCUCGAUAUGCCAUGAGAUACUUUGCUGUUGUAAGCAAAUCUGGCAGUAAAACGCGAGUUGAAGAUAAAGUCCUGGCCUCCAACCCAAUAACUGAGGCCAUUGGAAACGCAAAGACCACAAGGAAUGACAACAGCAGCCGUUUUGGGAAGUACACGGAGAUAAGCUUCGACAAGAGAUAUCGAAUUAUGGGAGCAAACAUGAGGACGUACCUGUUGGAGAAGUCAAGAGUCAUUUUCCAGGCAGACAAUGAGCGGAACUACCACAUAUUCUACCAGUUAUGCUCCUGCGCAGAGCUGCCAGAGUUCCAGAGACUUCAACUGCUUAGUGCAGAUCGGUUCCGAUACACCUGCAUGGGCGGUGAGAUAACUAUCGAAGGUAUAGAUGACCACAAAGGGAUGAUGGAGACUCUCCGCACUUUCUCCCUCCUUGGCCUGAAUGAAGCCUUUCAGUCCGAUGUCUUCACUGUUUUCGCCGCCAUUCUGCAUUUAGGAAAUGUCAAUGUAAAACGCAAAGGAGACGACAAGUCAUUCAUACAACCCAGUGAUCCUCAUCUGGCGAUCUUCUGCGAGUUGUUGGGGGUGUGUGAUCAAGAGUUGGCCCGCUGGCUGUGUCACCGGAGAAUCGUCCUGGUGGCGGAGACGGUGGUGAAGCCGGUUUCCAAACAGAGAGCAGUCAAUGCAAGGGACGCCUUAGCAAAGCAGAUCUAUGCCCAUUUGUUUGACUGCAUCAUAAAGAGGAUCAACACCGCGCUGCAGGCGCCUGGAAAGCAGCACGCCUUCAUAGGUGUCCUGGACAUUUAUGGCUUUGAAACGUUUGAAGUGAACAGCUUUGAGCAGUUCUGCAUCAACUAUGCCAAUGAAAAGCUUCAACAGCAGUUCAACCUGCAUGUGUUCAAGCUGGAUCAGGAGGAGUACAUGAAGGAAGACAUCCCUUGGGCGCUCAUCGAUUUCUAUGACAAUCAGCCCAUCAUUGACCUGAUCGAGGCCAAAAUGGGAAUCCUGGAUUUGCUGGAUGAGGAAUGUUUGUUUCCUCAGGGCUCAGACCAAAGCUGGCUCCAGAAAUUGUUCAACUAUCUUCAAACAAGUCCACUAAUCCAGAAGCCCAAGUUUUCAAAUGAGGAAUUCACCAUACAACACUUUGCAGACAAGGUGGACUACUGCUGCCAUGGCUUUCUGGAGAAGAACAGAGAUGCUCUGUUUGAAGAACUUGUAGAUAUCAUGAGGACAAGCAAGUUUUCUUUUUUGGCCAACUUCUUUCAAGAUGAGGAGGCCAAACCUCUGAGCAGCAAGUCUGUGAAAGUCCGUCCAGCGAGGCCUGGACUCAAAGCCCCCAAUAAGCAGCUGCGAGCAUCAGUGGGAGACAAGUUCCGGAACUCCCUCUCGCUGCUAAUGGACACGCUUAAUGCGACGACUCCUCACUACGUGCGCUGCAUUAAACCAAAUGAUGAAAGACUUCCGUUUGAAUAUGACUCCAGGAGGGUGGUGCAGCAGCUGCGGGCCUGUGGAGUUCUUGAAACCAUUCGCAUCAGUUCUCAGAGCUACCCGUCCAGGUGGACUUACACGGAGUUUUACAGCCGCUACAGUAUUCUGAUGGGUCCUGGGGAGGGAGCGCCUCGUGACAAGAAACAGUCCUGCAAGAAUGUGCUGCUGAGGUUAAUUCAGGACACUGACCAGUACAAGCUUGGACGGACCAAGAUCUUUUUCAGAGCAGGUCAGGUAGCUUAUCUGGAGAAGCUACGUUUGGACAGACUUCGAGGAGCCUGCAUCACCAUCCAAAAAUAUUUCCGACGAUGGAAAAUGAGGAGGAAAUAUCUGCAAGUGAGAGACGCGACUGUUGUUCUCCAAGAGUAUAUUCGUGGGAAGAGGACGAUUCGGAAAACAGUGAGUCCCGCAGCGCUGAAGCAGGGCUGGGCAGCAGUGGUCAUCCAGAGGCACUGGCGAGGCUACCGCACCAGGCAGAUCUACCAAGUCGUCCGCCUCGCCUCCAUCACCAUCCAGGCUUUCACUCGCGGUUGGCUCGCCAGAAAACACUACAAUAAGAUGGUUAAAGAACACAAAGCCCUGGUUCUGCAGAAGUAUGCCCGUGCUUGGCUGGUACGCAGGCGUUUCCAAAUCAUGCGGCGACUGGUGCUCAACGUCCAGCUCUCUUUCAGAGUUCAGAAGCUCAGAAAGAAAGUGGAAGAUCAGACAAAAGAGAACUGUGGCCUGUUGGAUAAACUGAGCAGCCUAGCAAACACCCAUUCACAAACUGUGGACAGACUGCAGGAGGUGGAGGGACAGCUGGAGAGGUCCACCAUGCAGAUGGCGUCUUUGGAAGUGAGAGAGAAGAAAGCCAAAGAAGAUGCAAGCCUGUCGAUUAACCAGCUCCAAAAUCAAGUUGAUGGGUUAAUUCUUGAAAAGAAAAAUUUGGAGAAAGAACUUGAAACCUCUGUCAAAGAAACCAUUGAGAGGUUUGAUCAGAUCAAGACGACACUACUUGACGAGAAAGAAAAUGAAGUGCGACUGAGAAAGAUCGCGGAGAACAACAUUGAGAUUCACCAACUAGACCACGAAAAAGAGGUGGAAGUGUUGAAAGAUGAAAUCAAAAGGCUGAAAGAGGAGAGAGUCAGCUUACAGAGAGAGGUUGAUGAUGGGGGCCAAGUGAACUCUGACCUGCAGGAACAGGUCAUCCAGCUCACCAAGCAUGUCAAGGUUAUCCCAGAGUUACGUAGAGAUCUCAACAACCUGCAGAACCAAAGGAAUACAUUGGACAGAAGGAUGAAGGAACAGUCAGAAGAAGCAAAAGCUAAAAUAACUGGGUUGACCAGAAAACUCAUUGGCGGUGUCGUGGAGGAAGAGGUCCUGCUGGGGUUGACCCCUGAGGAUUCUGAGAAGGUCCCAGAACAUGAAGAUUUACUCACAGCUUUUGAUGGUCUUCAAAAAGCCACCAGGAUUCUGGAAACCCAUCAGAGGGAGCAGAGAGACCACUACGAGACUCAAGUUGAAGGCUUGAAAUUAAAAGUCGACCACCUUGAAAAUGAAAACAACACGCUGCAGAACAUGUUUCAAGAAAAGACAAACGUCAAUGAGAAUAUUCGCCUAGAGAUGUCACGGCUAAGCACUGAAAACUCGAUUAUACCUGAGCUUAAACUUCAAGUUUCAGAACUGCAAAGACAAAAGCAAGAACUUCAGAUAGAACUGGAGGAGCAGAACAAAACUUUACUUGAGAAAUCUGAAGAGGUUACCAGAACCAUCCAAAGUAAAAUACUAGAUGAGACUUCACAGCGAAGGAAUUUUGAAGAGAAAGUUGGAGAACUGGAGGAGACCAACAGAGAUCUCCAGCAAAAAUUAGAAGAGAUGCGAGAGGAGAACGACUAUCUGAAAAGACAGCAGCUGAUGGAGAAUGAGGUCAAGAACCGACUGAGACAAGAGGCAUCGCAGCUGACAGCAGAGAAUAUGGAAUUUGAAGAGCAGCUCGACCAGAGGGACAGACUGAUAAGGAAACUCCAGAACCAAAUAAAAAGCCUGGAGAAGUCACAGAAAGCCAAGCAAACACCUGCACCCGCUGUUCCCAAAGAGUACUUGGGAAUGCUGGAAUACAAGCGUGAAGAUGAAGCCAAGCUCAUACAAAACAUCAUCCUGGAGCUCAAACCCAAAGGCGUGGUGGUGAGCAUGAUCCCGGUCCUCCCAGCUUACAUUCUCUUCAUGUGCAUCCGCCACACUGACUACCUGAACGACGACGCCAAGGUCAAGUCGCUCAUGAACGCGAUCAUCAGUGCUGUCAAGAAGGUCAUAGUGUCUUACUCCAAAGAGUCGGCGCUGGUGUCCUUCUGGCUCUCCAACACGCAUCAACUGCUCAACCUUCUGAAGCAGUACAGUGGAGAGGAGGACUUCAUGAAGCAAAACACUCCUCGACAGAAUAAGAACUGCCUGCAGAACUACGAUUUGUCCGAAUACCGUCAGAUCAUGAGUGACCUUGCGAUCCACAUCUACCACCAGCUCAUCACCAUCAUGGAGAAAGUUCUCACCCCUGCCAUCGUUCCUGGGAUGCUGGAGCACGAGAGCCUGCAAGGGAUUUCAAGUAUGAAACCAGCAGGGGUCAGGAAGCGCUCCAACAGCCUUUAUGAAGAGGAGACCUUCACCAUCUCCUUCAUCAUUCAGCAGCUCACUCACUUCCACUCCACCAUGGUGCAGCACGGGCUCGACCAGGGCCUCAUCCAGCAAGCGGUCAAGCAGCUUUUCUUCCUCAUAGGUGCAGCGAGCCUCAACAGCAUCAUGCUCAGGAAAGACAUGUGCUCCUGCAGGAAGGGAAUGCAGAUCAGAUGCAACAUCAGUUACCUGGAGGAGUGGCUGAAGGAGAAGGAGCUGCAGAGCUCUAAAGCUAUAGACACGCUGAAGCCUUUAUCUCAGGUCGCCUGGCUGCUGCAAGUCAACAAGUCCACGGAUGCAGACGCCAAAGAGAUCACUGACACAUGCACAGAACUGAAUCCUGUCCAGAUUGUCAAGGUAUUGAAUUCAUACACGCCUAUUGAUGACUUUGAGAAGAGGGUGUCGUCCUCGUUCGUGCGCAAAGUUCAGUCCCUUCUUCAGACCCGCGACGGCUCCGCUCAGCUGCUGCUGGACCUGAACUAUCGUUUCCAGGUGACGUUUCCUUUCAGCUGGUCCUCGCAGGCUCUGGAGCUGCUGCAGGUGCCCAGCAGUCUUCACCUGAAGUUCCUCACACGGAUCUGAAGCAGCCGACUGUAUCAAUGUGUGUUUGCUGUCAAUCUCAACGUCAUAUCCAUCGAGCUCAUGUAAAAUAACGUGCACGGGUGACCUCAUCUUCAAAUUGUUUUGUAUAAACAUGUCAUUUUUUUGUAUUUCAGAGUCUGUUGUAAUAAGCAAAAUGCAGCCUUUUAUGUACAAACCAAGUCUGAUCUGUGGACAACUUUACUUGAACUUUGUAGAGAUUCUCUGCCAGCAAUUACAAUUUCUCUUUGACACAUUUGUUGUUUACAGUUUCAUAGGGCGAGGAUGAACUUUGAAUUAACGUCAACAAUUGCAUAAAAUGCAUUCAAUGGCAUCUGUGUCCUUGUACAUCUCCUCUUUACUGUGUCUUGUCUAAAAGUUCUGAUGCUGAGCAUGUUAUUAUGUUCAAAA